UCACAAUUUCUCCAGAGUUUCAACUUUGAAGUUUUCGACCACACUGCUUUCUUUCUCUUCGGCGCCUGAGACUGAGAGAUGCUCCCGAAAAUGCUCAAAAGUUGCGUAUUCCAAGAACCCUCAUCAAUCUACACCAAAGCCUUUUACGGGUUGACCAUUUUGGCUGUCGGCUAUUUGGGGAUCUCAGAAGCUAUUGGGAAGCAUCUCGGGUACUCCAAAUUCUGGAACUCGGGUUCCAACACACAAAUUUUGCUUCCGAGUAAAGUUGGAAUGCUGUUGGCGUACACCCCAUCCCUUCUUGCUGGCGUUUCUUCGUUUUGGGUGUUCCCGAAUGAUGAUGGUGGGAUUAGGUUUCUGAUGCUGAAAUCAGCUAUCACCAUUCAUUUUCUGAAGAGGGAUCUUGAGGUUUUAUUCCUUCACAAAUUCAGCGGCUAUAUGGUUCUCAACACUGCACUUAUCAUCUCAUCGACCUACUUAACAUCUGCUGCUAGCAUGAUUUAUAUUCAGCACCGCGUUCAAGGAUUUCCAGAGCCUUCUGUUGAUCUCAAGUAUCUUGGCAUUUUAGUGUUUCUGGUGGGAAUUGUCGGCAACUUUUACCACCAUUACCUGCUUUCUAAGCUGAGGGACAAGAACGAUAAGGGCUACACGAUUCCAAGAGGAGGUCUUUUCAGUCUGGUGGUGUGCCCGCAUUAUCUCUUUGAAAUCCUUACUUUUAUAGGAUUCUCAUUGAUCUCCCAGACAUUGUUUUCGUAUCUGUGCACCGCUGGAUCAGCUGCAUAUCUACUUGCUAGGAGCAGUGCCACCAGAAACUGGUACCAUUCCAAGUUUGAGGAUUUCCCUAAGAACGUUAAAGCUCUGAUCCCAUAUGUUUUUUAGAUGCUUACACCCGAGGUGAUUGUUGUGAUGAAAAAUCAGAUAGUUUGUUGAGUGUCGAUUGCAUUUUGCCCCUCUAUAAAAGUAAAAAUUAAAUAAACUGGCACUGCGAUCCCUGAUUGUUUUAGAAAAGAAAUUUACUGUGUGCAGCUUCUGCUUCUGAAACGUCGUCAACUGUGUAAUCCCGCCUAGAACUUCUUCUCCGGCCGGAGUUUUUUGAGUGUGGUGUUGUUGAUUUUGUGCCUCUGAUCUCAUUCUUCAUUCUACAAAUACAGUUGGACUGAAGAUAGUUUGAAGCUGACUUUGUUGUUCUCAAUUGUUGGAAAUAAUUUGUGAGUCUACAGUGUAAUUCUUUGUUGAUGUUUGUAGUUCACCGAUCUUGAUCU